GCUUGACUGAAGACAGCUGCAGUAGCUACUUCCAAUAUUUCCAUAGAUAUUUUUAUAUACCUCUCUUAUUUUCAGAUUUCGAACACCUCAAAAUACCGACACAUUCCAUGUUUGAGUGAAAAUACAAUUCACACAAAAAAUGGGCGCAAAUUUGACGUCACCAUUGCCACAUCAUCAUCGCACACAGACGACGUCGGUGUGCAAUCAUCUCUUUUCACCCGGAGAUGGAGGACCCACUUUUGCACCACAAAGAGAUUCAAAUACGUCCUCGAGAAGCUCAUCAAAUGCUAAAGAGAGCGUUUUGAUGCAGGGAUGGAAUUGGAGUAAAAGGAAUAUUCAACCGGUUAUGAGCAGAAGAUCACUUCCUAAAUCCGGGUCAUCGUCAGAAGCCACGUCAUCAAAAUCAAGUGAUAGUCUUGUAUCCUUCACUCGUAAUGUCAGUACGUCAACUUCAAGUCAGUAUGGGAAAAUAUCGAUAUCACUUGAUCGAAAUCAGAAUUAUAAAUCAGUGCCCCGACCAUCGGAUACAACUACAAUUAUACCCAACUAUUACAGUCUUCGAGAAGAAUUUCGACGAGGUCUUCAAAUUAAUACACGACAAGAUCUGGUGAAUAAUAAUCUGGCAUCCAACGAUCUCAGCGUCAUAGGUUCGCCGAAACAUGUGCCACGACCCCGAUCAGUACUUCGGGACGACAAUGCAAAUUGUGAUAUUUCUCCAAUUGCCGAACAGGAAAAUGUUCCAUCAGAGAAAAGAGGCACAAAGAAGACUAUAAUCCAGGCUUCAACUUCUGAACUUCUUCGUGGUCUUGGCAUUUUCAUCUCCAACAAUUGCGAUGUUUCUGAUUUUGAUCCCGCCCACUUGGUGACGUGGCUUCGGUCGGUGGAUCGAUCACUUUUACUUCAAGGAUGGCAGGAUAUUGCAUUUAUCAAUCCUGCUAAUCUGGUGUUUAUAUUUUUGCUGGUCCGUGACGUGUUACCAGACGAACGUCAUUUAAUUCAUACUUUGGAAGAGUUACACGCGUGGAUUUUAAGCUGCUUGUACGUUUCCUACUCGUAUAUGGGUAAUGAGAUUUCCUAUCCGUUGAAGCCGUUUUUAAUUGGAAAUGAUCGCAACACAUUUUGGAAUCGUUGCGUAGCGAUGGUAACAUCACACAGCCGUCAAAUGCUUCUUCUCAAUUCCUCAUCAACAUUUUUCUCGGAAGUAUUCACUGAUCUCAAGCAUUGUUCAAGUUCCGAAUGAUCUUUCGAUUCGACUCUUUUCUCUGAUCUUUAGAAUCUCUUGCUCUCAUUUUUCAUUGCUUCCUUCUCACUUUGCUUUUAUGAAUCUCUUUGAACCAAAUGUUCUCAUACGUGCUCACACCUCUUCAUUGUUCCUUGUCAUUCCGAAUGUUUUUUCCCUCCUUUUCCCUCAUUUGCAGCUACAUGGUGCUAUUUGAUUCUUCUAGACGCCCCCAGUUUCUUUUUUUUGCCUGAUAUGAACCUUACCGCCCCGGUUGAUAAAUCAAUUGCAUUUUUAAUUUAA